AUGAACUCGACCACCUUCCCCUUCCCUAUUCUGCCGCCUGGCACUCCGCUUUUUGAUGUCCACUAUACUUUCGGGGCUGCUUACAUCGGUAGCCUGGCGUCCAUGGGCCUUCUCGGCGCCACCACGCUCCAGGUAUGGUACUACUACAACAACUUCCCAGAGGACCGUCUCUGGAUGAAACUCAUGGUUUUUUGUGUAUGGAUCGUCGAGUUCAUUCGGUCGACGUUCACCGCACACGCUGUGUAUAACUAUCUGGUCCUCAACUGGGGUAACGUCCUGGGCCUUUCGGAGAUUGUUUGGAGCUUGAGCUCCAUCAUCAUCAUGACCAACAUUGGCGAGCUUUUCGGCCACUUUUACUUUGCAUGGCGUAUCUAUAAGAUCAGCACGGGUGCUGUCCGCUACGUCCUGACUUCCCUCGUCGUCGUCCUCACCCUUUGGAACUUCGGCAUGGGCACGGCUACCUUCGUGAACCUGCUCCAGGCGAAGAACCUCACCGACUAUGCCGCCGGCGCACAGAGCGUCCUCGCGCCUUUCGCGCUCGUCACCGCCAUUUCGACGGACGUGGCUAUUGCUGGGUCCCUCGUAUUCCUGCUUAACCGGACUCGCACUGGUUUCUCAAGAACAAACCGCCUGCUCAACACCCUUAUUUUCUACGCCAUCCAGGUUGGCGCAAUCACUGUCAUCGCGGAUGUCGCAGUCAUCAACCAGUACAUUGACAAGCUCCAGUUCAUGUACAUCGGUGUUUACGCGGUCGUUGGCAACUUGUACGCCAACUCGCUGUUGGCGAGCUUGAAUGCCCGGGCAUCGCUCAAGGUGACUGCUGCCACGGUUGUUUCCUCGAUGCACAACACUACUGGCUCGCGCACGGUAACAUGCAAAGCCCAGAACGCGAUUCACCUGUCCACGUUCGGCCCGACGGUGGAGGUUACCCAGGAAUACCACUACGACCCCGAGAGCAAAGCUGGCUACCCCGGACGUCGUGGGGACUUCUCGGUUUAA